AUGCAUGAUGUCGGUAAGCCGGUGUUUCAUGCACAUUCGAAUACGUAUUUUGGAGCUUGGAUGCGUGAUGCUUAUCCACGCACUGGACAGGAUAUGAUGAAACGCUGGAUGACCAAGCACUUUCAAGGCGAUGCAGUUGAGGAGUAUUUGGAUGAGGGUGAUAUGCGACGGCAGCGUAUUUUCGUAACCGUUCAGUAUCAAAAGCCAACAGCUCUCGAGAUUGGAGAUUUUAUGCAAAUAAGUAUGAACCGAGAAGGGGCCGAACACCUAACAAUCACAUCCGGAUGUGAUGUGCAAACAUCUGCGCUACCGGCCCAUUAA